AUGGGCUCCGCCUUUGGCCGCUUGAGUGACUUUGUUUGUUCGUUUGUGUUCAGUACUCGAUCACCGGAAUCCUUCCUUGACGCGGCUACAGGGAGGCGUCCUCACAAAGUCUUUGAGUGGGCAGCCCGUUCAGUCAGCCCCGUGAAGCAGACAAACGUCAAUGAUUUAAGCGAUAAGCCUGCCAUGUUGCACGGCAGUGCUCAAUGGAUCCUCUCUUCCACCAUCAUCAUCCGCGUGCUACAUUGGCACAUCUUGUAUUUUUUAUUUGCUGGCUAUCCGACCAAGCCAUACACAAUACAUCGCCUCAACUCGCCAAAACCAUCCCAGAGUUUUCGAAUCGAACUUGCCCUACCCAAAAUGGCUAUCCUUCACCUCCUGACUCUCGGCCUCACCGCAGCUGCGAUGGCAUCUCCGGCCCCAUCCAACGACGCAACACCCACAGACCCAAAGGAGGCCCUCGUUAGAAAAGACGACUGGGACAAUUAUCUCAAAUACAAGGCUAGCUUGGGCACUCAGGCUUCCGGCCAGGCAGCUGUGCAACGCAUAUGCGACCUGGUCCUCUGUCUGGGUCCAAAUCACACCGGGGAAUGCAGCCUUUGGUGCCACUACAAAGGAAAGCUUCAGAGCUUUGAAGAAGCGAAGCAGCGAGAGAUCACAAUGUCGACAUAUUUCACAAAGUCCGAUCGCUGUAAUUUCUACGCUUCUGGUGCGAAGAAGUGUGACAUACCAACCCUGAUGAGCCAGGAUACCUUCCACCAGCUCAUUUAUCACGGAGGGGUUAUACCUGAAGGUAAUUUCAUGGACAGACUAAAGGGAAAGAUGGGAUGCGUGGUCUGCUCCGACGAUCCCAACCUGCAUCCUGAUUCAGUGCUUUGA